UUGCACACUAAAAUUCCACUAACCGGCCGCAGUGACUGUGAUACCAUACACCAGAAUAUUAUAAUAGCUAGCUUUUCAUGUCCUCUUUCGAAACAUAAUUGAUUGAUUUGGCCUCAAUUUCCCCGUUUGUCUCGCCAAUUGCUCAACGAAGCACCAUCAAUCUCGGACUUCUCUCAUUCAGUCAUUCUUUGACUGUUUGUUUUUCAUUUUUUUUCUUCCUCAUUUUAUAUACCAAAGAAACUAAUUAGAGAAUGAGAGAAAACAUGGAAGAGGGGCUACUGACAAGGUCUCCUCUGCUUGAAGAAUCAAAGUCUGAGGCUGAUGAUGACACACAGACGAAUGACUCCCCAGCAACCAUUGUUGUUGUUCUUAGCACCUUGGUCGCACUCUGCGGCUCUCUCUCCUGCGGCUGCAUUUUAGGAUAUACCUCACCUGCUGAAUCUGGGAUCAUUCAGGACUUGAGCCUUUCAGUUUCAACUUACUCAGUUUUUGGUUCGAUAGUGACAGUUGGAGGAGUGGUAGGUGGACUAGUAAAUGGAAGGAUAACAGACCGCAUAGGUCGUAGAGGUACAAUGUGGUUCUCUGAAAUAGUCAGUAUGGCAGGGUGGUUUUCAAUAGCAUUUGCAAAGAAUGCUUGGUGGCUGGACUUAGGAAGAGUAUUAUUGGGGUUUGGAAUGGGGGUCUUUUACUAUGUGGUUCCUGUAUAUAUUGCUGAAAUAACACCUACAAAUCUUCGAGGAACAUUUACUUCGGCUAAUCAGUUUAUGAAUUGUUUUGGAAUUUUACUAAUGUACUGCAUUGGAAAUUCUGUGACCUGGCGUGCCUUGGCUGUAAUUGGUGCUAUUCCAUCUCUGCUCCAAAUUCUAGGACUGUUUUUCAUUCCAGAGUCUCCCAGGUGGUUGGCAAAAGUUGGUAAACAUGAAGAGCUUGAAGCCAGCUUGCAGUCUCUCAGGGGAAAGAAUGCUGACAUUUCUCAAGAAGCAGCCGAUAUCAUAGAUCAUACAAAAACCUCUCAGAAGCACUCAGAAAGAUUUCUGGACUUGUUUCAACGAAGAUAUGCUCUUUCGCUCAUUGUUGGAGUAGGGCUCAUGAUACUGCAACAACUUGGAGGGAGCAGUGCAAUUGUUUAUUAUGCAAGCUCUAUAUUUUCAGAUGGUUGUUUUUCAAGUAGUAUUGGGACUUUAACAAUGGCUAUUAUCCAGAUACCUGCCAAUGGUUUGAGUUUGCUUUUGACGGAUAAAUUAGGAAGACGACCUCUUCUAAUGAUAUCUGCAGCUGGAAUGUGCUUUGGUAAUUUUCUUCUAGGCUUGGCGUUCUGCUUUGAGGGCAUCGACCAGUUGAAGAAGCUAACUCCGAUUAUUGUGUUUAUCGGCAUCCAGGGGUGUUGUGUAGCGUAUCCACUGGGCAUGGCAGGAUUACCAUGGGUUAUAAUGUCAGAGAUAUUCCCUGUAAAUGUAAAGGGUUCAGCUGGAAGCCUAGUGAGCUUGGCAAAUUGGUCAUUUUCUUGGAUAGUUACAUACACUUUCAAUUUUAUGAUGGAAUGGAGUUCAUCAGGAACAUUUUUCAUAUACUCUGUCAUUUGCUGUUCAGCUGUUGUGUUUAUUGCAAAGCUAGUUCCAGAGACUAAAGGACGAACUUUAGAAGAAAUACAAGACUCAAUAACACAGAUUGAUUAAUUGUACACUAAACAAUGUGAACUUCCUGUUGUAUUUGGUAAUAUGUAUUGGUUCAAAAGGGCUAGCUAUUAUGUGCCACAAUCUAAAACUACUAAUUUUUGCUGACUUUGCAUUUUCAUUGCCUUCCUUUUUAUGUAUUAAAUUU